AUGAAAAGAAGCACAAAUAGGAACCAAAAAGCUAUAAUGGCGGUAAGCCACUUAUAAGGAAACUACGAAUGGAUUCAGCAAUAUACCAAUGUAAUUUUUUUUACAUUAAGUUUCAAAUUUUGGAACCUGAAAUGUGGCCAUAAGGCCAUAAUUUAUGCAGUAUAAUUAUAUUUCAAAUAUGUGGUCUCCUUUUUUUAGUUUCUAUUCAGAAGAGAUCUUGUUAAAUGUUUGAAACUUUGUGAAACACUCAAUUCAACACUGAUUUUACUUUCUGUGCAGCAAAAGAUUGCUGAAAUAAGAAAAAAACUCUAGAUUUGAUUGCAAAAUGGAGGGUAUCACACUCAAAGAACUUCAAGAUGUCCACGAGAAUUUGAAAAAGCAUCCAAAUAUGUUUUUCGAAACGCCGCUUCUGUCGCAUGUUGAACAACAACUGAAGAAAGAACUGCCAAGUUUGAAAUCUCUGUCUUUGAAGCUUGAAAGUAUGCAAUGUACAGGAUCAUUCAAAGCAAGGGGUGUUCUCAACCAGUUUCUUUCUUUGAAGCCAGCAGACAGAGGGAAGACCUUAGUUACUAUGUCAGCUGGCAAUUAUGGGAAAGCGUUUGCAUACGUGGCUAGCAUUGAGAAAUUACCAGCACUUGUGUUCAUGCCAGAGACAGCUCCAAUUGAUAGAAAGCAUAUGAUUGAGUCAUUAGGGGCGAAUGUCAUUCUUUGUCCAAGAAACCAACUGCUAAACAACGUGGAGAAACACACAGAAGAAAACGGAAGUCUGUUUCUUCAUUCUUUCGACGAUCCCGUUUUACUUAAAGGCAAUGCAAGUGCUGGUCUGGAGUUAGCCAAUCAGAUGUCAGAACAGCCAGAUAUUGUUGUCGUGUGUUGUGGUGGAGGGGGUUUCCUGGCAGGUGUGAGUCUUGCUCUCAAAUUACUUGGAUGGACUUCUACUAAGAUAUACGGUGUGGAACCGGAAGCUGCUCCAACAAUGUACGAAGCUUUACAAGCUGGAAAAGUUGUUCACACUGAAGUUCGAGACACAAUUGCAGCUGGGCUUGCACCUCCGUUUGCAGGUAAACAUUGUUUUGAAGUGAUUCAGCAACACGUAGAAGAUGUCAUUCUGGUGUCAGAUGACGAGAUAAGAAAAGCUAUAUCUUGUUUGUUCAAGCUUGGUUUGGUUGUGGAGCCUUCGGGUGCAGCUGCUUUUGCCGCCCUUUUACAUCACAAGGUUCCGGAUACGAUGAAUAAAAAUGUUGUAGUGUUUUUGACAGGGGGUAAUGUUUCUCCGGAAGAUCUCACGAAGCACAUAAACGAAGCGAAAAAAUAGUCUGUAGUUAAAAAAAUUUAAAUAUGAAUGAAUAA